GACUGCUAGAGAAACUCAGUAGGCCAGGCAACAUUUGUGGAGGGAAAUGGGCAGACAGUAUUUCAGGUUUGAACCCUUCUUCAGACUGAUGGAGUAGAUGUGAGGGGAAUGAGUGGUGCAAGAGUUGGCAAGUGAGAGGUGGAUCCAGGUAAAUUGAUUGGUCGAGUUGGGGGAGAGAACAAAGGAAGACCCACCAUGGGGGAAUGGCGGAGAGCGAGGGAGAGGGGGUAGAACAAAAGAGGAGCUGGCAUGGGAUACUUUGUCAGUGUCCUUUAUGUGGCGCCUACAUGCAUACCUUGGGUAUGCAAGCAAACAAUUUCACUGUGACUUUGUCACAUAUGACAAAAUAUUCAUUCAUUCAGAAGGGUGGAGAAGGUAACCAAGGCUGGAGUAGAAAAGGCAAAAGGGUGUAAAUGGUGGAAUCUGAGAAGAAAGGAAGGUAGGGAGUGAAUUGUAGAACUAAAGGGAAGGAUAGUGGGAAGGAAUGAGCAAGGAGACGAGAGGGAAGAAAAAUGAGGGAACCGGAGUGGGAAAGGGGCAGAUGAUAAGUGUAGCGGCAGAUUUUCAUAUCUUUCAGGUAAUUAGCACCCUAGCCGCUAAAUGGAUGAGAAUGGUUGAAGGGGGUGUCUUCGAAACGCAUGCGAGCUCACUCACCGAGAUCUUCAGAGCUUCUUCACAGAUAUGGCUUCCAAACACAGUCUUUUGAUGAAUAAAUGCUUUAUUGUUGAUAGAAAAUAGUAAGAUACAUCCAAAUUUAUUUUGACUCGUUACUACAAUCUUCAUCGAACUCUAGCUUAUUACUUUAAACAUAAGAAAACUCCUCGUGUCUCCGUAACACUGGCAUGAUCUGGCAUGUGGCCCGCAUGGUUGAAGGGUUAAUCUUCCCCAUCGUCUCUCCAAACUAAUCUAAAAACUAAACUUUUGCACAAGCAUCUUAGCUCCAAACACGCCCAAAAACACAUCAUAAAUCCCACCCACAAUAUAACGGGCAGUCUAAAAUUUAAAGGCACAUGCCAUCAACAAUGACAUGCAAAACAGGCCAAAUGGCCACUACAAUAAGCAGAUGGAGGAGGUGAAGGAGGAGAAAGGAACCAGGUGACAGGGCUGGGGUGAGUUGGGGAAGGGGAGAGCUAUGUUUGGGGGGAAUUGGAUUUUGCUGGCUACAGGGGAGGAGAGAGGCGCUGUUGUUUACCUGAAUUGUGUACCCAUCUAUUUCUGCUUCCAUUAGAAGCCAAGGUAAUGGUCAUCAGAUGCUGCCUUUUAAUUGAGUCCAAUGUAUCCUCAGUUCAGAGACAAUUAGGUUGGUCUGUAAAUAAUCAGAAUUUCUAACAGUGUAAACAUCCCAUAAAUUAAUUUAAAAAAAUAAAAGUAAUAAGGUGUUUGUGAAGUGGCAUUCUAGGUGGCAAUCUUGAGUGAGUAUGUUGUAUAUGGAAUGCACCAUAUAUAAUUUUUUUUUCCUUGUGUACAAAAUCAAAACGUUUACAUGAUAUGCUAAUAAAUCAUGGAUGCAACAACAGGCUAAGUGACUUCUGAGAGAAAAAAAAGAAAAUGAAGAAUGUGUUGUAGCAGUGUCUCCCAACCCCCCACUUCCAGGUCAUUCUAAUUUAUUUUAUUUUAUUUCAUUGAAUACUGAUACUGUUGAACUUUCCCCUUCUUUGAUCAUUCUGGCAUUUUAAAACCUUGCUAGUUUUUAUUUCUGGGCAAAAAUAUUGAUGCUUGUCUUUAAUCCUUGGUGCAAAGUAUAUUUUAAAUUAUUGGAUUGUGAUUUCAUUUGGAUUGUGUUCAACCUUAUGCCUGAUGGUUAAAUGUAAUAAAUGCUCCAGAUUAAAAUUUGCUUUUCAUGUCUGCUAUUGUGAUGUAAAUGUUGGUCAAGGUUGGAAGAAUUUGCACAAAGUCCAAGUGGAAAGUGAAUGUUUUGUGAGAAGUGCUCACACAAUAAUGUAUGCAUCUGUUUCUCAAAUCAGUGGAACCUCUCCUCUGGCCUGCCUUAAUGCCAUGCUUCAUACCAAUGCUCGUGUGGAAGAUGGAGCUUUCUGCCGAAUUCCAGGAAAGAUGGGUCUUUAUGCUCUUAAAAAAGAUGAAUUGGUAACGUCAGCAGAGGGGGUUAUUGAUUUGGAUGGCGAAUCAGAUUUAGACAGCUGCGAAAUGGCUGAAAUAAAUAGCAAUGAAGAGGAAAAUGGAGAUUGCCCAGAACCAAAACAUGUGCCUGGUGAGAGUUCUCUUCCACAUAAUACAAAUUCAUCAACAACUGUUGCACAAAACAAGCUGAUAUCUUCUACUCAGCAGCACACCAAAAAAGCACUAAAACAGGCAUUGAAGCAGCAACAAAAGAGGAGGAUUGGUGUUACUAUGAUGAUGAACAAGGCCAUUCCUUGUGUUGUACUCACGCCACUAAAAGUAUCAGAAGAGCAUUCUGAAUUGCCAUCUGGAUUUGAAUCAAACAAUAUUUGUGAGCUGAACGGUUCUGAUAAAAAAUUAAAAGAAGGGUCAAGAUCCUCACUAAGUCCUACUAAGACAUCAGAUCAACACCUGAAAAGAUUGAAAAGAUCAAGCUCAGGACAGCUCAAACGGACAAGAGGAGAGGAAAUCGACGUUGAGACCCCAGGCUCUAUCCUGGUGAACACCAAUCUGCGAGCUUUAAUAAAUAAGCACACGUUUGCCUCUCUACCACAUCAUUUUCAACAACAGCUCCUGAUUUUACUACCAGAAGUAGACAGGCAGAUUGGGUGCGAUGGGGUUUCCCGCCUCAGUGCUUCAGCCCUGAAUAAUGAAUUCUUUGCUUAUGCGGCACAAGGUUGGAAGGAACGACUAGCAGAAGGUGAAUUUACUCCUGAAAUGCAGUUACGUAUUCGACAAGAAAUUGAAAAAGAAAAGAAAGUUGAACAAUGGAAGGAAAAGUUCUUUGAACAAUAUUAUGGAGAAAAGUUGGGAAUAACACAAGAAGAAGGAAUGAAGCUGGAAUCUGUAAAACAUUCUUCAGAAAAUCAAGACAACUCUUCAUUUUCACCACAAAGCAUCUCACCAGAGCCUUGUCAGAGCACAUCUGAUAGUAAAUUUGAUAGCAAAAUAAAUCUUGUGCCUUAUUCAGAUCAAACACAAUGCAUCAUACAGCAAACCCCAGCCAAAGAACUAUCCAAAACUGUAAAGGAAGAGGAUAUGCUUAUAUCCUUGUGCUCAGAUAUUACCUCAGAUGAAUCUGUUAUUCAGGAAGAGAUAGCAGAAGAAGUUGAACCGCAUAUUUCUGAAAGUCAUGAUCAAAACAAACCUCUCCAGUGUAAUGUGUCUGAUAUUGAUCAGUCACGUUUGCUUACUCCUGACAAAGCAGAACAAGUAGUAUUGACAGACUUGAAGUCUGAUCUAAUUACUCAAUGUAUCAAGGAGUUUGAGUCCCAAUCUGAGCGCGUUGUAGAUUCACAGGCACCUUCCCUGGAGAUAUCUGGCCUUUCUUUCCAACUGCUUAUCUCCACUUCAACACCCUCUCGGUUGUCUGAUUCCUUUGAUGCUUCGAAUAGUGACACAUGUGAGCCAACGACUAAUUCAAGUAAUGAAGAGCAUACCAUCGAAGACAGUUACAAUGAGGAGCUUGAGGCAAUCACCAAUAAUCACAACUCUCCAGGAGGGAAUACACAUUGUACAUCCCAACACUCACUCACCUCGACAUGCUCUGAAGCCUCUAUACUGUCUGAGCCGCCUGAAACUGAGAACACAAACACUGAAACCCAACUCGUGAUGUUACAGGACAGCCCUCAGCCACCACCACAGUUAUCAACACUUUUAGACUCUCCCACAUUAUCUUCUGAGGGAUCUAGAAAAGAUAAUAAAGACCUUGAGUUCCAUAAGAGAAAACCACCAGAGCAGCGUGUUCUAGAGAUCUGUCAUGAGAAAAGACCUAGAAUUGAAAAUGUCCAGACUAUUUCCAUUCCGCCCAGCAGAUCUCAAAGUGAAAUAGAAAUAUCUUCUAAAGAAGAGCCAAAGGUUCCACCAAUCAAGAUUCACUUGUCAAGGAUCAAACUUCCUUUUGUUGUCCAGAGUCAGCCAUCCUACCAGAUUUGGCCAAAGUCGUCUUCCGGUCUGGCGCUGGGUGGGGGAAGGAACACCGGCGCUCGGACCCUUGCAGACAUCAAGGCCCGGGCACAGCAGGCUCGAGCUCAGAGGGAGGCGGCAGCAGCAGCAGCCGCAGCUGGCCCAGUGGGAGAUGGAGGGAUCAGCGUUACAGGAGCAACUGGAGGGCAGACCAGAACACUGGCAGACAUUAAAGCACAAACAAAAGCAAAGUUACUUGCCAAACAUCAGGCUAGAACACAAUUACUACAAUUAGAUGAGCAAAUCUCCUGCAAACAAGGCACAGUCACAGUAGGAGAUGUACAGGAUGCCAAUGUCACAAAGAGUGAAGAGGUUGUUAAAGCAGAUAACAACACUUCAUCAAAGUGUUGUACUGAACCUACUCCAGCACUCAAAGUUGAUGACGAUGUCAGUGUGUCAGAUUAUACCAUCAAUAGUGAUCUUCAUUACUCUCCUGAUAUUGCUGCCAAGACAAACAUUCCUCACAUACCAGCAUCGAGCUGUGUAAAAAAUGCUACAAGGCUAGACUGCACUGGUGAUAUCGCAGGACCAAAUUCAGUGGGCCUUGUUACAGCCAUCUCUACUGACAAUAUUAUUGUAUCCAAUUCCAGUGUUGAAGAAAAGCAUCCUCACGCUAUCAAACAGAAUUGUGCAAACGGAGCUUCUGUGCCAAGGUCUGCUGAUGGAAGUGCAAUGCCAAGCUCUGCUGAUGGGGAUGUCAUACCAAGCAGUGCUGCCAGCAGCACAAAGCCAAACUGCACUUAUGAAAUUACUGUAUCAGGUUCAAGUGGUUCUAUUAAUAGUAAAGAUUUGCCAUCUUCUGAAGGUGGAGUUUCCAAAACUCAGACUGUACUUAAAACAUCCAUGCAAUGUUUUCCUGACCCUGGUGUCCUGGCAAUGCAUUGCACCAACAAUGUUUAUUCUGAUAAAAUGUCUUCUCCAAGCAGUGGUGAAGACAUAGUAACUGUAAGCAAUAAUGAAAAUGUAGCCAAUAGCAAUGAAGAUGCCUUUGAGAAUUCCUCUAUUAUUAACCCCAUAUCAUCCAACUCUGUUGCCGAUACAGGCGUUUUGAAUUUCAAUACAGCCAUUAUUUUGAACUCUGCCAGCAAUAACCACAUGUCAACCAGUUUCAACAUUACAACCAAAUCAAAUUCAGCAAAUCAAUCACUAGAUUUAGAAUCUACAAUAAUAAACAAGAUAGAAAUUGGUGCUCCAAGUGCCCAGCUGUCGAGCUCUUUUAAACCUUGUAUUGGUACAGAAGGGACCUCUAAUGCUGAGGUUGGUUCCACAGCAGUUAAUUUACAUAAAACAUCAGGAGCUUACUUGUCAAAUUUAGAUAUGGAUCCACAGACUAAAAUGGUUAAAGCAGAAAAUGCCUUGAACUCUCACAUACAAUCUCAGGAAUUAGUUUGUAAAUGUGCCAAACCCAGCAGUGAAAGUCAAUCAGUGUACAGUGGCAGAAACAAUGAUUCUAAAGUGAUAACAGAACAAGAGAAUGAUGGUCUACUACUUCCUGCUAAAGACUCACUAGUAUCUCCACUUCUGUAUGAAACGACAGGCACUUCAGGUCCACGAUUUGAGUUUACUGAUCUUGAAAAUCACUGUUUUGCAGGAAAAACCUCAAAAGAUUUUGGUGAGGUGAUUCAUAAUAACCAGGAGCAAAACAUGUCAAACCAAAGUAAAUCAAGCUACCAUGCUGAUGAAAGUCAAAGUAAUAAUGAACUGGUGAAGUAUAGUGCCAAAAGCCACAGUUUAGAUAAUAACUAUAAUAAGUAUGAUGAAGGCAGAGUGAAAAGUGACAAAUUGGAUAGUUAUACCAAUCCUCAUGAAUCUACAGACAUCAAACAAAUACAUUUAGAAUCUGUUAACACUUUUGCUGAGUCAGGAGCUGACCAGUCCAGGGAAAAGGAAAAAGAUUUGUCCAGCACGAAUGACUCUGAAACUAAUCGGGGGGAGCACCUGGUAAAGAAUGAAGCUAUAGAAAUUGCCUAUCAUCCCAGAAUCAAUCCAUUGGUGGGCAACUUGCAAACAACAAGAUCCAAAACAGCUUUUGGCGCAAGGCAUUCUCAAGAAUUCAGAUUAUCAACUGUGGAAAAUCGAGAAAAGGCUCCUGCUCUUGGAAGCACAAAUCGUCAUCUCUCAUCAGUGGAAGCCAAUAACCCUCUUGUGACACAGUUGCUGCAAGGCAACUUGCCUCUGGAGAAAGUGUUGCCUCAGCUACGGUCAGGCACAAGGCUUGAGAUUAAUAGGCUUCCUUUGCCCUCUCGAAGUUGUGGUGAAUCGAAAGGGUCUGCAGCUGAGAGGGAUUUCACUAUUAACAUUCCUCACUCUGUUUCUCAUUCCUCAAAGGGGCAGACUUGGGGAACAGUAUUGGAAAUUCAAUGCAACACUCAUGACACGCCCAUAAGCAAGAGACAGGCUAAGUCACUAGAGGAACAGUCACAAAGUAGAUUAAAGCAAGCAAAACAGUUCACUUCUGUAGGAGUUGAAAUGUGGUCACAAACUCCAGUCAGUAUGGAUCAGGACCAAUCAGGGCAACAACAAACAAUAUUUAAGCAAGAGUGGAUUAACAAGACUUUCAUUCAGAACAAAGUCAUUAAAAGUCCAGAGUUUAAAGAGCACAAGAGACCAUUGCCUGCAUGUGGUUUUGAGCAGAAUUUGUUAACGACCAGUAACAACAACAGCUUUAUUAUCACAGCCCCUACCUCACAGAAACAGCACACUCAUCAAAAGUCUAUUACUUUGAGAGGAUUAGCUAAAGCAGAAACCUCACUGCAUACGAUUCCACCAGCCACUCUCGACUAUGCCACCACAAAUGCAUUUACAUACAAGCGAUCUCUAGAGCGAAGCAGCACUGCAUUUAACACUGUAGCACAAGAAGAUACUUCAGUGAACGCUGAAAUGGAAAGCAGAGAAACUGUUUGCUCAAGCAGUCUUAAAAUUAAGCAAACUGAUAUCAGUUGCAGAGCAAUACAAACUGUCCCAAAUAAUGCUGUAAAUCAUCUUACUUCAUUCAGCGAGUGUGAAGCACCAUCUGAUCAAAACAGAGGAAUAGUUACCAUAGAAACCAAUAAAAGACUAAAUUUACAUGCUAAUAAUACUAGUGGUAUUAAAAUAGAGCAGUUCUCUGGUGAUGAUGCCUUUAGCAAAAGCUGUGCACUGGAUGUCAAGGAGAUUUCAAAUGAUCAUUAUGAAACAAAAGAACACAUAAAGAUUUUUGGACCAACAAUGGAUGUCUUUUUUGGUAAAUUAGUAAAUGAAUCUGAUUUUUCUUCUCAUCUGCCAACCGAGUCUCCAAAGCCAGCCUCACACCUUGCCGCUCAGAAACUUGUUCAGCAGCAGCAACUCUAUGGAAAUUAUUCUACCAUACAUUUCAGUGGCACCAAUUUGAAGCAAGCUGCUUCUGUUAUUAAACAGUCCAUUGGAAGUUUUCUGGGAAGUAGCGGAAAUGAUGCCAUUGGUUUAUCUAAUCAGAACACUUCCAUUCUGGCUCACAGGUUUUCUAACAACAAAGCUGCAGAACUGGAAUUGAAAUGCUCUUGUAGACUGAAAGCCAUGAUUAUGUGUAAAGGGUGUGGAGCCUUCUGCCAUGAUGACUGUAUAGGGCCUUCAAAGUUGUGUGUAGCUUGCUUGGUAGUAAGAUAGAGAAUGUUGCCUCACAUAAAGCAUUAUUUCCAUAAUGUAUAGUAUAGGAAGAUUUUGUUAAUAAUUGAUUCUUCAAAAGAAUCUUGAUGGAUGUAAGAGCUGUACCAUUGCACUACAUCGGAUUACAACAUUUAGUCCAGUAACACCCUGCAACAUGUACCAUAUUCUACUUUUAGAAUUAGACUUAGAUGAUUAUAGCUAAUUGCAUUAUGUCGCUACGUCAUUACAUAUUCCGAGAGUUAGAAGAUAAGAAGGUUGUGCCAGCAAUUCCAUAGGUCAUACUCCUAGUAAAAUCAGGAAGAGAACAGCCCUUUCUUCCCUGCAGCCUGACAGUGGGUUAUAAGGUAUGAGCAAAUCCAUGAGAGCAAGUGAUAAACUUGCUCUCAGUAACAUGGAGAGAUUAGUCCAAAAGUGAGCAGAAUCGGAUAAUACAUUAUCUUUUAUUCUAGUUGCAUUUUAUUCUAGUAAAUGCUUACUUUGUAAAGGUGUUCUGCUUUCACUGAGUUAAACGUCUUAUUGAGUUCUUCAAUGCUUUACAAAUAAUUCUUCAAAACAUUUUUUAUCACUUAUCGACAGUAUAUAUCAUUUUUUCUUACUGUUUUUACAAAACUUCUAAACUCUAUAGAGUUUCUUUUGAAGAACUGACCUUAUAUUUUAAUUGUUUAGAAGUGGAAUCAUCUACAGUCAUGUGCCAAGUUCAAUACACCAACUUGGCAAACGCCAACUGCUGAAACACUCAUGCCAGUUAUGUGUUUUUUACAAUUGAGAAAUUAUAUAAGCUAUGUAAAAGGAAAACAUUGUUACAAUUUAGCACUAUUUUAAAGUUUUAUAACAGUAGAUUGUAUAGUCUUGUAAUGAAUCUGCAUCACAUUCUAGGAAGUUACUGCAAUGUGGAGUGAAACACAAAUGUGAAUUUGUUUAAAUAUUUUUUUCUUAUUUAGUUUAGUCAUAACAAUAGAUUUACUUCUCUGGGUCUUAUCAGUGUUUGACAUUUUUUAACUUUUUAAAAGCACUGAUAUUUCACACAAGCUGCUUCCAGGCCUGUUUUGGCCCCAAACUGUAUCACUGUACUGUAAUUAUUCUGCCAACGUUAGAUAAAACAGGGAAUAAUAAUGUUAAAGUGCAUGUAUGUUACAGCCAAAUGAGUGUAAACGUGGCAUUAAGUUUAUCUGAUUACAUUUCAUUCAAGCAUUACACAUGUAUAAAAAGAAGCUCUUUUAUUAUAUGUUAGGAUAAAAAGCAAGAUAUACACUAUUUCUGAGGAAAAGAGUAGCCUGCUUUCCUUAUCUUUUUACUCAACCAACAUUUAAUAGCACUUUUUAAGAAUAUGCGGUAAACACAAAGGUAGAAUGAAUUGAAAAUGAUGUGUUGAGUUGGACGUGAAUUAAUGCAACAUGGUCAGAUUUUAGACAUUUUGAUUUUCUAUAUAAACAAGUUGAUGUGUUGUUUGAACACAAUGGUGUGAAACAUAAGAUGUCACAGGAAUUCCUAGUCUGAAUUGCGAUGAUUUGUAAUGAACACUAGAAGUUUAGAAUUGAUGUGGAACACAUUACUUAUAAUUUCCAGGACCUGAACAGUGCAAUCCUCAUCUGAUAUGAUAACACUUUAUUUGCAGACUAUUAAGCAGAAGUUAUUUUUUUCUAUGCCUUUCCUCCCCUCUUAUCCAGAAUGAAUUAAUUCAUGUGGAUUAAUGCCCCUGUCCCACUUAGGCAAUUGUUUCGGCGACUAGGCUCUCGCUACAUGGUCGCAGGGUGACGCCUGUAUGGUCGUGAGUAGUCUCCUCGCGUCGUGUAAAGAGUUGUAACGUUUUUCUGAUUGUCGCCGGGUACUGACCGGUGAAUUCCAUUGGCGUCUACCUACAUCAACCUACGUCAACCGUCGACAGGUACCGGCGACUGAAUUUUCUUCAGCUGUCGCCGACAGGGUCGUUGCUUGUCUAGGCUUGUCGUGGACGUAGGUUGACUUUGGUUGUCGUAGCUUGUCGCCUGUGUGGUCGUAGGCGUGGUCAUAAGUGGACGUUCUAAUGGGUUGUCGGUAGAUUGCCGUAGCUUGACGUCAACUAGGUGGUAGCUUGUCGUAGCUUGUCGUAGACAUUGUCGUAGGGGUGGGGGGAGGGGGGGUCCAGUCGCCGCUUUGUUGGUGACCUGCUACGACUGUGACGGUCGCCAAAAAAAUCGCCUAAAUGGGACAGGCCCUUAAGGCUUCACUGCACUUAUAGUUCCCUAAUCUUUAUGACUAAUCUGGAUGUAAAUUGCUGCUUGGAAUGUGAGAUCAAAUCACCAGCAUUUCUGAUCUCAACCAAGUACCUUCAAACGAAUUUAGAGGAGGUUACUGGAUGAAAAUCAGGAACAUACUGUACAUACAGGUUGAUUUUAACUGCUCAAUCAUAGCACUGAGAAAAACCUUAAUGCUUUCAUUGCUACCACAGAAUGGCAUUAGAUAACAAGACAGAUAUCAAGUUCACAUGGGAUCAUGCGUAGCACCAACAUGGUUUUCUAGCUCACUAUUUAAAAAUUGAUCUGUCAGCAAUCCUCAAUAGUUCCCCAAGUUUGUUAUGUUUUUAUUGUCAGUAAAUGCUUUUUAUUGACAGAAUACCUGUUAUGGAAAUUUAAAUAGAGCACAAACCUUCUAUCAGUUAUCAGGUCAAUGGCAAUAAUAUCUUUAUGUAUUAAUUCAGGUUCAUGUACCUCUCUAUAAAGGGCACGGAAAGUCAAGUAAAAACGGCAUCACAGAAAGUUUAGUCCUUGGAGCACUGAAAGCAUCUUUGUUACCUUAUUCUCCAAUUGUAUCUACAUUUGUAUUAUUUAUCCAUUGAGCAUGUCUGCCUAAUUGAGAACCUAUUCUUUUUUUCUGAAAGACAAAAACUGUAGAUUGAGGAUAUCUGAAUUCAAAGAGAAAUUUCUGGGGAAACUCAGCAGGUCAAGCAGCAUCUUUGGAGCGAGAAAUAGGUAAUGGUCUUAAUAAUUGUCUGCCACUUUAAUUCUCUAUCACAUGGACUUGAUUUUUAGCCUCCUAUUGUACUCCAGCAAAGCCCAAUGUGAGCUCAAGAAAUUGCACUUCAACUGCCCUCCUUAUGUAGCCCUCAAGAUGCAAUGUUGAAUUAAUCAAUUUCAGAUCACCAGCACAGGUGAACGAUCAGCCACCUUCAACAAAAACUGUCACUCCAGACAUUCGUCCUGGUCUGCUGAGUAUUCGCCUGCAUUGACUUUUACUUCAGAUUCACAACAAUUGAUUUGUUUUGCAUCUCACAAUUCAAGCGUGAUUUUGUACUAUAACUACCCCCAUUCUUCUUCCUUUGUUCACCGCUUUUAUUAUCUAGUAUUCAUUUCCAUCUCUUAGUCAAUACCAAAAGCAAAUGUAUCACCUGGACAACUUUGAACUGCUCCUGAUUUGUUUUCUCACCAUUACAGUUCUGAUGAAGGCACUUUGAUCAGAAACAAUAAUUGUUUCCCUGUCCACAAAUGUGUACUGACUCACUGAGUAAUCUCCAAUUUCAGGUCAUCUGUUUUCCUUCCCUCUAUCCCUUUCACCUUCAUCCAGGUCAUCUUCUCACACAUACACAACCUUCUUUCCAACACAUCACCUCACCAUCACCAUCAGUCCCCAAUCUGCCAGAUUCCCCUUCCCCACCUAUCAUCACCAUACACUCCUAGAUCCACCUAUUCCUUGCCAGCUUUCCCCAGCCACCUCCUCUGCCUUACCCCCUUUAUACUGGCUAUCACCCCUCUACCCUUUCAGUCUAGAUGAAGGUUCUCCCCUCAAUGUCAACGGUCCAUUUACUUCUGUAGAUGCUGCCUGGCCUGUUGAAUUUCUCCAGCAGCGCUAGUACAGUAUUUGCAAUUUCUUACAUCUCCACUGAGUAUUCCCACUCUUUAUAUUCACAUUUAUCUAUAUAGCAUGUUGUCAAGGGUGACACAGUUGUGCAGCAAUAGAGUUGCUGCUGCCUUACAGCGCCAGAGACCCGUGUUCGAUCCUGACUACAGGUAUUGUCUGUACAGAGUUCGUACGUUCUCCCCAUGACCGCUGGGUUUCCCCCAGAUGCUCAAGUUUCCUCCCACACUCCAACGACGUACAUGUUUGUAUGUUAACUGGUUUCAGUAAAAAAUGUCCCUGGUAUGUAGUGUUACGGGGAUUACAGGUCAGCGUGGACUCGAUGGGCUGAAGGGCCUGUUUCUGAGCUGUAACUGAACUACACACACAUUAUUAUUGCUGAUAAAUGAUAUCCAGAAAAUGAUAUCUUAAACUUAAAAGGUGCUGCUUGGCCUCUAGAAAUAGAAAUGAAUUAACACAUACCUUCAGCUAACAGAAUUUCAGCAUACACUGCAUUUUCUUAAUCUACUCAGCCCAAUGUGAUUCAAGUGUGGCAACAGAUUUUUUUUCAGCUCUUUUAACAUGGAUGCUGCAGACAUGGAACUUCCAUUCCCAACAUUGCUUAUCACAUCUGUCAGGGGUUGUAACACAUACAGAUCAAUAACAUCUGCAGCAGUUUGCUUGGGGAUUUUGUUUUCUAAAUUUCUGACAUGAAUCCUGGUAAUUCUAUUAAGGCUUUGUAUUUUUAACUUUUAGAAAUUUCCCUCUCCUACUUGUGAUCAUUUUAUGCAGGGAUUUGUUUUUACUCACAGUUGUCUGGUAUAAUACUUUUAUUUCUUUAUCCAAGAGUAAUAGAAUAAUGUCCAGGUGUUAUUUAUUCAUUAUUAUAUCCACUGUGUUAAUCAGGUGCAUUGACUCAGACUGUUUUAUUUCCUCAAAUACUGCUUGUAAAAGAUCAGCCCUGAUUAACUUAAGUGCUCCAUUCCUCUGAUAAAAACAUUGUUAUAUAGAUUUAUUUUUUACUUUUUCUUGUUUUUAGUACAGAACAAAAAUAGUUCCAAUUUUAAUAAAUGCAAUUUUCAAAACAAACAAAGCAUUGUAGAAUAAAAUAUAAAGAGUACUUGUGGACUUGCUUCCAACCUUCAGUACAGAACACAGUGCUGAAAUAACUCAGCGGGUCAGGCAGCACCU